CUGAGGCACUGGAAGGAAGAAUCAUGCCACCUACAUCUUUUACAAUCUUUAUUUUUAUGUGUGGCUUUUAUUCCAGAUUUCAUGCCAUCGUUGUCAAAGUUCAGCGUGGAUCUGAUGUGUCUUUGCGAUGUGACGUUCCUCUCCGGUCUAAUUCCUCCACUUUGCAUUGGGAGAAAGAUGGAGAACAAACACCCAACAGCACUCUGAUGUACAACACCUCUGCCUACAUUAUCUUACACACCGUUGAUAAACGCAGUGAAGGGAAAUAUUACUGUAAAUUGAUGCAAGAUGGAAUCGUUCAAACUGUUAGGAUUCACACACUUAAUGUUAUUUCAUAUUCAGAUGGAAAUAGUAAAAGUCAAAGCAUUUCCAGUCAAAGCUCCAGUCAAAGCUCCAGUAAUACCAAUGUGUCACUGAUCUGCAAGUCUCCAAUGGAGUCUCCUGAUGGUGUGUUGAGGAUUCAGUCAGUGGAUCUUACCUGUGAAGUUUCUGAAGUAAAUGAUUCAGUGACGCUGGUCUGGCUCAGGAUGGAGGGGAACAGAGGAGUGCUGGUCAAACAGCAAAAUAUGACUAAGAAAAACACCAUGUUACGUCUCACAGUGAAUCUAUCCAACUCUAAAACAGACCCGCUGCACUGGCAGUGUGCAGUUUUUACUGAGAAUACACUCAGAGCUCUGGUCCCUAUAACAAUCAAUUGUACCUCAAACAAAGUAAUCAACAAACUAUUUUGCUGUGUUUUGACUCUAUUUACUGGGAUACUGCUUGGAGCUCUAUUGUACUACUGCUACAGGAAACGGAAGUCAGUGCACUCUAACCCUCAGGAGUCUGAACCAGUCUAUAUGAAUAUCAACCAUAUGAGACAUGAAAGAGUAGAGCGCAGCACACCAGAAAACAGAGAAAAUAGUCAUAAAAUAUACCGCAAUAUCAGAAGAAACAGAUAUGGAAAAGGAAACAUAAAUAAAAGAGAUGAGACACCGGAUACAUCAGACAGUUUGACCUACGCAACCAUUGUUUUCAACAAGUCCAGGUUUCAGACUUAAAAUAUAACUCCAGUCAAUUAGGAAAACCUAUGACACAAUUUCAUAUAAGGUUUUAUUUUUAUAUAUGAACCUCAAACCAAUAUCUCACAGAGAAAGUAUGAACAUUUUCUUUAUUAAACAUUGUCUGGUCACAAAAGAUAUAAUCUGAGAAUGCAUUUAGAGAUUCUCAGAUCUACAGUAACUGCGUUCAUUAAACCACCAGCUCAAAAAUUAAUCCUACUGACUGAAACUGGAUAAUUGCAUCCUUUUAUUAGUGUUGUUUUAAUCACAUUUGUAAAAGCAUCAAUAGGCAGCCAAAUAUUAUCAUGAUUUUGCAUUUGUUAUAUUAUAGGUGCCUUCAUAUAUGUGCAUGCAUGCUGUUGAAAUGGCCAUUUGAUGGCACUGUUUGAAAACAUUCUUGAAUAAUAAUAAUAAAGUGUAAGUACUAAAAAGGA